AUGGCUGAUCAUAUGGGUUGUAACGUUAUCACGUCUGCUCAGGGUGAGGAGCUGAGGAAACAAAUUGGGACAGCAGCGUACAUUGAGUGCAGCUCAAAAACACAGCAGAAUGUGAAAUCUGUGUUUGACACUACCAUCAAAGUUGUUCUCCAACCUCCAUGGAGGAAAGAAGUUGCUAGAAAGAGAAGGCACAGAACCUUUGGCUGCGUCUUUGUGUAA